AUGUCCGCGACUCCCCCCGCAUUCCGCCUUCCUCUCCCGCAAGUCUGUUUCAACUUCCCUUUCCACUUCUUCCCUCCCGUCGCUGCACUAGCACAUCAUGCAAUUGGGCCUUUCCGAGCAUCUGUCGGCCCUGGUGGCCCGGCGCCGUUCCGUUGCUUUAAGUUCCAACUCCGAUAUUGCCCUGCGCUUGCGAAGAAACCCAGCGCGAACCCUAAGUCCGACAAAGGCCCCCCCGGACCCAAACCAGACCCCUUCGAGAAUCCAUCGUCCGACCUCCUGAUCGCUCAGAUCCCGCGAGAGAACCCGUCACAUUUCCUCGUAUUGAACAAAUUCCCCGUCAUUCCCAACCACUUCAUCCUCGCCACGACGUCGUGGAACUCGCAAACGGACAUCUUAGAAAAGGACGACCUGGAAGCGGCGUAUGCCUGCGUUAAGGAAUGGGGGUCUCAAACAGACGGCACGGAGACCAAGCGACUGUUUGCCUUCUUUAACUCCGGAAACGAGAGCGGUGCGAGCCAACCCCAUCGACAUCUGCAGUUUCUCCCGGUCGAGGACAUGGCGCAGGGCGGCGACUCGGGUAGCUGGCAGCCUUUGAUCGAUUUCGUUGCAUCGCAACCUUCUUCUUCCCCGUCGAGCUCGGGUUCCGGUAAGGUUCUGUGUCUGAGCCACUUCCCGUUCGCGCACUUCGCCCUGCCCUUGCCGUCCAACCCGUCGGCCGAUACCCUCCAUGCCAUCUAUCUUUCUCUCUACCGCGCCGCCUUGGCAACCGCGAAGGGGAAGUCGGGCGACCACGGCGCUCAGGCAAGCAGUGGUCCGGCGGCGAUCGGUUAUAAUCUGGCCAUGACGGAAUCGGUGAUGAUGAUCUGUCCGCGGAGGAAUGAAAGUAGUCGAAUCCCUGUGGAUCCUGCCGUGUCUCAGGAUAUCGCCGAGGCCGGGAUCGUUGCUCUGAACGGCACAGUACUCGCCGGUACCCUCAUGGUGAAGGCGGAAGCCGAAUGGGAUCUAUUACGUCGCAACCCUGAGGCCCUGGCCAACGUUUUGGCCGAAAUUGGCUACCCCCAGCCGGACCUGCGGGAGCUUUCCCUGUUAUGA